AUGGCGCCGCAGGAUCGGCGAAGCUCGGCCCGGAAGCUGGGCUCCCCGAGAAGGCAUGAAGGAGGCGAGGUCGCCGGCGGCAGCGGCCCGAUCAAACGUCUCGUAGAACUCGCAGAGCGGGGUGGAAUCCGGGUCGGAGGCGGCCUUCUCGCGGACCCAGGAGGCCGUGAGGCGGCGGCAGGCGGUGUCGACGGAGUCCCACGUCGCGGCGGCGGACGCCUGCGGGGGGACGCAGAGGUUCUUGCGGGAGGAGAGGCCGAGCGCGAGGAGGGAGCGGGAGGCCGGCGGCGGAAGGUGCGCGAAGAGAAGACGGAGCUUGGCGAGGGUCUUCUCCAUCUCAUGCACGGUGUGGGUACAGUAGAUGAGGCGGAGCGGGUGGGCCGGGUUGGCGAGGGAGUAGGAGGUGAUGAGGGAGAUGAGCACCGCCGUCUUGCCCGUGCUCGUGCGCAUCUCCAACAGCGCGUGCCCGCGCGCGUCGAGGGCGCGCUUCAGCUGCCCCAUGUACGCGUGCUACUCGGGGUAGAUCGCCGUGUACAGGAAGUGCACCGGCAGGCCAUCCAGGCACAUAGAUUUAUUGCGGUCAUCAAGGAAUUGUUGAGGGACGACAACCAGCUACGCCCAAAAGGAUAA